AUGAGUCUCUUCGCAAAACAACAAAUCCUCAAUGGUCAUUAUGAAGAUGAAUCGGAAGUGAAACAUGAAUACGACACAUUGAUUCUUUUGGAUCCAUUUACUUAUUGCCCUACUCCAUUGGAAUUCGGUGCAGAACCUCAGAAUGCGUCAUUUUUUAUUAUUUCAUGGGAAGGGAAAAGUCUGCACGAGCUAAAAGAAUUGAACAACAACAACAAGUUCACGUCCAAUACAACAUCGCUGAUUCUGUAUCAUACGUUUGUUGGUAUCAAGUUUAUUCAUGAGCGUGGAAUCGCUCAUGGGGAUAUGUCCUCCAAAAAUGUGGGCAUUCCAAAAAAUGCUGAGAAAGGACGGAUUAUUUUAUACGAUUUUGGAUGUUCGGCUCCUGCGAAUCCAAUUACAUCUCGUCAAGAUAUCUUGGAUAUUAUGACAAUUACAGGAGAGAUUUCAACACAAAACAGAACUCUCAAUAAAUGCCGCGAUGUCUUGGAAAAUGAUCCCAACACAACUGUUGAGCCUUUGAUCGAGAUGGUCUCGGAGGAGACAAUGUUCAACCCAGAUGCACGUUUUGAUUGGGAGCUGGAAUAA